CAUUGCAAGCACUUAACUCACUAUAGGCUAUACACUGAACUAUCCCUUAUCUUGCUAUUCCCAGGAGCAUGGCUCUCUCUCCAAAAAUCAUUCCAUUUUUCUUUCUCCUAACUCUUUUCUUCGUGCAAAUUUAUGCUAGAGACAGCCAGUUCUUUAGCAAGGUGUCUCCCACCACCACCGUCAACCCUUCAACCACCACCACCAACAAUGGCAAGGAAGAAGAGAACUUGAACAAGCAAGAAGAAGAGCCAACCUUCAUGCCAGAGACCCAAAAUGGUUAUGGUCUUUAUGGUCAAGAAUCCACCCAGACCCAGUUUCCCACCACCACCAAAUUAGGUAAUGCACCGUAUACCACCGGCACCGCUUUUAUCCCUUAUACAACCAAAACCCAAAACCAAGAAACCUACACCAAUUACCCUAACACCAACACCAACAAGAACAACAAUUAUUACAACAACAAUCAGUACUACAGCAACAACAAUGGAUAUAAUCAAGAGCAGCAGCAAAACCUUGGUGAAACUAGCCUCCAAGAAAGCAGCUACACCACCAUGACCAAUCCCAACAACUAUAACAACUACAACAACAAUGGCGCCAAUGGAUACAGCAACUCAGAGAGGCAAGGCAUGAGUGAUACCAGGUACUUGGAAAAUGGGAAGUAUUACUAUGAUGCAAGGGGUGAGAACAACUAUUACUCUAAUCAGUACCAAAAUUCAAGAACCAAUAACUAUGAUACUAGUGCUUAUUAUAACAACAACAACAAGAAGAACAAGAACUACAACAACAACAACAAUGAGAAUACCUACGAGUACAAUGACUCCAUGGAAAACUACCAGAACCAGGAGGAAGUCCAAGAGAACCAAGAAGAGCAGUAUCUACCUUGAAUAUUGAAGAAAAUGAUCGAGGUUGUCUGUUGAUCAACUAUUGGGUGGCGGUAGAUGUUAAAUUAUGUUUAGUGGGAAAGAUUUAAAAAAAAAAAAAAGAAUACAUGAAAAUUUGAUUUAUUGUGGUACGUAAUCUUGUUAUUAUUAUGUGAUCUUUUGUUUGAUGUUUGCAUAGGCUUCAUGCUUUCGAGCACUAGAGCAUAUCAGAGCAUGUUAUUUUACUUUUUGCCAUUUUCCUUCUUUUAUGAACAACUAAUUAAAUAUCAAUAAAAUGUAUAUUAUAGUCCUUUUAA